AUGCACUCAGAGCCAGCAGAAGCUGCCUUGGUAGGAUAUGCCGGCCUUGUUGACAUCGCCUCCAAGGUCGUCGAGCAGCUGGCUCCAAAACAGGAAGGUCUCCUUAAGAGCGCAGAACACGACGACCUCGACAUCAAAGAAAUCAGAGAGAGCUUGAAAGCACAAUACUUGUUACUGCGCAUCGCAUUGGCAUGGAAGCAAGAGCGAACCGAACUAGCCGAGCAUUUCUAUGCCCAAAUUGAGGCAAUCCGACCCCAUCUGGGUCCUAGUCGUAUCGGAGAACUACUUGACCUAUGCUACGAGAUCGGCAAUGAUCAGCUCAACCAGAAACAGGGAACUCUUGCCGCAAAGUGGCUCAAAAGAGGUUGCCAGCUCGCGAGUGAACACGCAGCCCAGGCUGAAGAUAUGGAUAUUCUUGAUCUAAAGUUUACCCUCAUGCAUACUUGUGUCCGAGCUCUGCUGGCGACCGAGGAUCCGCAAGCCGGCCACGAAGCAUUUCAAAUCCUCCACGCACUUCGCCAGGUAAUUAUUUCGAUUUCCAACAACAGCUCAAACGAAAACUCACAAUUUCAGGAAUUCGGCCACAAGCUUCCUGUCAUACUGCUUCAACUAGAGGUGUAUGCGAAAGAUCCGUCCCCAAAUCCUGACGCGUUCUGUGCAGUUAGCACUUCAGAUGCUAUUCGAGUCUUAGAGUCGUACAUUGUCAUAAGACUUGCUCCAAGUGAUGAGUACACCUGGACUGAAAACGCCAUAAUUACGUUGAUCUGGCUCAUGACAGCGGAAAGCAAUGACAACAGCAUUGUCGACCCGUCGUUUCUCGAAGGAGUGUUCGAUGAGAUCCAGCGAGCCUGGAACAGAUCCCUGAGCGCAGAGGCGACUCACGGUGCACUUGUUGUAGGCUUUGCUUCCGCUGUUACUGGGAAGAGCUGCUGA